AUGAGGCGCAUCGUCAUAUUCUGCGGCUAUGGCGUCGCGCUCCUCCUAGCAUUCAACGUCAUGCGACUCGGCCCUGCGUCGCCCUCGUCGCAUCCCGUCGCAGCGUGCGACGCCUCCCGUGGUGACACGUGCGACUGGGCCACCCAUGCGACCCAUCAGCUGCUGCACCGCCCGUGGAGCCCUCCCGUGGCGGCGCUGGCCGUUCUGGGGUUCGCGCUGCUGUUGCUCCGCGCGCUUUCCGGGCAAGCGGCGCGAGUGCGCGAUCUGGAGAUGCGAUUGCGAGGGACGAAGGGGGAACAGGCGAUUGAACAGGCGCGGGUGAGCAAGGGGGAAGAGGAGGAGAACUUGGUGGAGAAGAAAUGGGGGAUAGGCAAAGAAAAUGACGCGUGGGAGGAGGGAGCGCGAGCGAGAGGUGCGGAUGCAGGCACGGCUGUUGGCGCAUUGGUCUCACGCGAUGGGGACAUGGCUUCGCGCGCUGCUGUCGAUCUGCUGGUCCAUGGAAUAGCGGCGCCCAUGAGAGGCGCGCUGUGGAUGCUGCGGCUGCUGGCGGCGUCCGUGCGCGACCCCAUGCACCUCGACCUCAUCCACUCGCUCCACGCCUUCGCCGCGCACCUCACCCGCCUCGCCGCCGCUGCCAGCGCCACGUGGCGCGCGCAGGCGGGCCCGCUGCCCGUGGUGACCCUGGCGAGCUCCCUGGGCGGCUCUCUCUCCCUCACCACAGCACCUGCCAUCGGCACCACCAUCGCUCUCACCAUCCCCAUGGCCCUCCCCCCUCUCGCCCCCACUCCCUCAUCCUCCCCCGCCCUCCUCCCCUCCGCGCCAUCACCUCCCCCUCCCCAUGCGCUUCUCCCCCCUGCCUUCCGCCCAGCCCCUGCGCCCUUCUUCCCCCGUGCGGGCAGCGGCAGCGAGGGAGGGUUGGCGGCGCUGGUGGGGUUGUGGGAGAGCGUGGGGGCGGAGGGCGGGCUGUGGGAGGCCAUGGGGCUGGGGGGGGGCGCGGGGCAGGGCGGAGGGGGAAGGAAUCCCGGUGCUGCUGCAGCAAGGGGAGGCGCAGGGGAGGGGGGCGCAGUGGGGGGCGCAUAUGAGGGGAACGGGGAGGGAGGUGCCAGUGAGGGGGGGAGCAGGGGCGGGUGGAUGGGGGAGGUGGGGGUGAGGGAGGUGGGGGCGGCGGAGAGGAGGGCGGUGAGGGAGAUGGGGGCGGUGGGGGGGGUGGGGGGCGAGCAGUGGGAGGCAGUGGCGCCGCUGGUGGAGCAGGUGCAGGGCGUGCGGUGCCUUGUCGUGGACUCCAACCCCAUCCGCCAACAGGUAGCAGCAUCACUGCUGUCCCGCCUGGGCAUGGACGUGGAUCUCGCAGACAGUGUGGCUGAUGCCAUUGCUGCUCUCCAGUGCGCCCCUCCCGCCCUGCACCCUGCAGCAGCGGCAUGGCAGGGAGGGGUGGGGAGCGGUGGGAGCCGGUGGGACGUGGUGCUGGUGGAUGCAGACUGCGAUGGCACCUCAGGCUCCGGCCUCCUCCUUGGCUCCCAUGUGGCCCGCAUCAACGACGCCCAUGCUGCCACCCAUGCCGCCGCCCAUGCUGCUGCCCAUGCUGCCGCCCAUAAUGCCUCCUCUCACACUGCCGAGCACUCUGUCGCACAUGCUCCCAGCAGCGACUCUGCUGUUGCCCCCGCUGCUCCUGCUAUGGCCGUUUCUGCAGGGGACAUGGACCAUGGGCACGCAGCAGGGGCAGCACCAGCGGCAGGGGCAGGGGCAGGGGCAGGGACGGUGGGCAGAGGAGGGUUCACGCCAUUGGCAGAUGAUGGUGUGGGUGGGGAGGAUGAGGGGAAUAGUGGAGCGAGAGAGGGGUGUGGUGGUGAGGCGGACAGGGGGACAGGCCAGGGAGAGCAGAGGGUAUGGAGUGAGUGCAGGGAGCGCGAGUAUGGGAAGGGGAUGGUGGAAGGCCGUGUGGGGAAGAAGGAGCCAGGUGAGGGGGAGCAGUCACAGGAGCAAGCACAGGCACAACAACAACAGCAGCAGCAGGCAGAGGCAGAGGCAGAGGGAGAGCAUGAGGUGUGGGCGGGGAGUGCAGAGUCGCUUGUGUUGCCCGCCAUCUCGUCCAAGCUCGUGCUGGUGGCGCAGGCAACGAGUGAGGACAUGGCAUUGGAAGCAGCAGCACACGGCUUCUCCUGCAUUGCCCUCAAGCCCCUUCGAACGCCCGUGCUCGCCACAGCCAUGCUGCAGGCCCUGGGAGUGAGUGCAAGGGAAGUGCAGCAGGCAGCAGCACAGCAACAGCAGCUGCACCUUAGACGACUGCUGCGAGGCAAAGUGGUUCUGGUGGUGGACCCCUGCUUCACCACGCGCAAGGCAGCAGCAGUCGCCAUAUCCCAGUUCGCCGAUGCAGCCUGUGCCGUCGCCUCGCCUGCCGAGGCCCUCGCACGCCUCUCCCCUCCCCACCACUUCCACCUCGUGCUGCUCUCCCUCUCCCUCCCCGACCUCAACCCAGCACUCUUUGUGCAGCGCUUGCGGGAGAUGGAAGCUGCAGCAGCUGGUGACGCAGUAGCAGGAAGUGGGGAAUACAGGGGAGCUUCAAGAGAGGCGGCGGAGAUGCCUAGAAGUGCCAGUGGCGGCAGUGCUGCAGCGGGUGCUGAGGCAUGUAGCAGCAGUGCUGGUCAGAUUCCAGUGCCCGUGUUGGGGAUGGUCACUGAUUUCCUCUCCAACGACAUGCCUCCAUGGUUGAGCGAUUGCCGUGUAGACGCCGCGUCGAGCGUACGGACCGCCGCCAUUGACGCGUGCAUAUCGUCUUCCAGCGCGUUGAUUAACGCGUCGCCGUCGUAUGGGCCAGUCGCCUCCCUCUCCGCGUCGUUAAUCCGCUUGGCCUCGUCCCGACUUUCACUCAGCAGCCAGUCCUCUCCCUUCCGUUUCCCGCACGCUUCCGCCGCGUCGUCAUUCUCCUCCUUCUUCUCCGGUAGGAAGCGCAUCGCGCCAUGCAUACCACGACCGGCGGUAGGCCGCGAUCGGCGGCGGUUGGCAGUAGUGUCGGCGGUGGGGAGCGCGGAGAGCGGAGGCGCGGAUGCGUUGGGGAUGGCGGGCGAGGCGUACGGGCAGAUGGCCGAGGCGCUGCUUAAUGGGCUGCCGCCCGAGGUGGAGCAGGCGGUGGUGGCGGUGCAUCGCGAGAUCGCGCAACUCGCGGCGGACGCGGGUCUUUCCAUUCCGCUCGACGACCCGGCGUCGCUGCGCCAGUGGACGGUGGCGCUGGUGCUGCUCGUGCUGUACGCCGCCGCGCCCCCCGCGCCGCUCAUGGGGCUGCUCGACUUCCUCGUCGCGCCGCUGCACGCGCGAACCGACAAGGAGCUGGACCCGGCGCGGGUGAAGGUGGGGCGGCAGAUAGGCGAGGGCAGCUUCGGCGUCGUGUACGAGGGUUUCAUCUCCAACGGCAAGGCGGGCAAGGAGGGGCGGUGGGAGCGGCGGGUGGUGCUAAAGCGAGUGAAGACGCGAGUGAAGCACUCCGAUGAGAUGAGAGACGUCGAACUCUACAUGAACCACCGCCUGCAGCGCACGGCGCCGGGCGUGUGUGCGCGGUUCAUAGGCACCAUGCAGGUGGCGCCCGAGCAGGCCAGUGGCAAGCUCGAAGAGGGCGUGUGGCUGGCAUGGGAGUACCAGGGCGAUCGCACGUUGGACCAGUUCCUGCGCCACCGCUCCUACCCGCUCAACCUCGCCAAACACGUGCUCGGGGUCGAUGACGCUUUGUUGCGGGGCAGCAAGGGCGGCAGCGAGGAGGAGAGGGAGCAGCAGGUGUGGCUGGAGUGGGAGGUGGCGCAGGAGGUGAUGAGGCAGAUCCUCUCCGACCUCAAGCACCUGCACUCGUGUGGAGUGGUGCACAGGGACGUGAAGCCGUCCAACCUGAUACUGGACGAGCUGCCGGGCAGUCUGUGUCUCAUCGACCUGGGCGCCUGUGUUGACCUGCGCUCCGGCCACAACUACGUACCCAACGAGACGGUGAUGGAUCCCAAGUACUGUGCACCGGAGCGCUUUGUCAUGCCGCCCGGCUCCACGCCGCCCCUGCCGCCCGACCCGCUGGCGUCACUGCUCUCGCCCUUCCUCUGGGCUCUCAACACCCCUGACCGCUUUGAUGUCUACUCCGCUGGCAUAGUGCUGAUGCAGCUGUGCAUGAAGCGACUGCGCAAUGCGUCUUCUCUGGUGCGUGCCUU